AUGACGACUCUGCUUCGUCUGACUAUCCUCAUCCUGGCUGUUGCUGGCACCCUUGCCGGCCUGCUCGGAGGCUCCGGAAGGGCGGCUAGGGCGGCCACAGCGGCCACGCCGGCAACGAAGGCCACGCCGGCUACGAAGGCCACGCCAGCUACGAAGGCCACGCCGGCUACGAAGGCCACGCCAGCUACGAAGGCCACGCCAGCUACGAAGGCCACGCCGGCUACGAAGGCCACGCCGGCUACGAAGGCCACGCCGGCUACGAAGGCCACGCCGGCAACGGCGGCUACGCCGGCAACGGCGGCUACGCCGGCCACGGCGGCUACCCCGGCUACGGCGGCUACGCCGGCUACGGCGGCUACACCGGCUACGGCGGCUACGCCGGCUACCGCGGCUACACCGGCUACGGCGGCUACACCGGCUACGGCGGCAACACCGGCUACGGCGGCUACGCCAGCUAGGAGGGCUAGGGCGGCUACGCCGGCUACAGCGGCUACGAAGGCCACGCCAGCUACGAAGGCCACGCCGGCUACAAAGGCCACGCCGGCAACGAAGGCCACGCCGGCUACGAAGGCUACGGCGGCUACGCCAGCUACGGCGGCUACACCGGCUACGGCGGCUACGCCAGCUAGGAGGGCUAGGGCGGAUACGCCGGCUACGAAGGCCACGCCAGCUACGAAGGCCACGCCGGCUACGAAGGCCACGCCGGCUACGAAGGCCACGCCGGCUACGAAGGCCACGCCGGCUACGAAGGCUACGGCGGCUACGCCAGCUAGGAGGGCUAGGGCGGCUACGCCGGCUACAGCGGCAACAGCGGCCACGCCCGCCACGGCGGCUACGGCGGCUGCGUAGCCGGCGGUAACGGCAGCUACGGGCUCGGAUACGGAAGCAGUCUGAGCCAUGGAGGACUGUACAGCGGAUCCGGUCGUACACCGGACACGGAAGCUUCUACGGUUGAAAUCCAGAUGAAAACGCGGGAAUAAAUAACGUUUCCGAUUCUAA